AGCUUUCUGGUUAAAAUGGAGCCUGAUGAACCUGGAAGCUCGGGGGUUGCCACCAAAAUAAUGCCACUUGCCUUCCCCAAAGGAAAGGAAAAGUAUUGUGAACUUUGUCAAAGGGAAGCGUACAUACAGUGCACCAAGUGUCAGGUCACUUUCUACUGUAAUGCAGAUCACCAGCAGGCUGACUGGGUGGGAAUCCAUGAAAGAAUCUGUCAGAUGCUUGUUCCCAUACGUACUAUGAAAGAUAUCUACGAUCCGUCCGUCCGCAAGAAAAGCCAGUUAAGAAAGAGACAUCUGAUCAAGAUUUGCACGUUGGUGGCUCAAAGCAAGCUGUCAGAGGGUAAAGGUGAAGAGGCACUUCCUGCUGCCCACUGCUGCCUGCAAACCUCCAUUGACCUAUACGGUCCCAAUACCAUCCAGCUCGUCCCUGCCUAUAUACUGUUGGCGGAGGCCAACAUGGGCCUGGGCAACUUAGCUGUUGUCGCAGAGCUCCUGUCCCAGGCUGAGUGGGCUGUACUGAAGAAUCCAGAAUUGGGCGCUUCAAUCCAACAGCAGCUACAUAGGAGCCUGGGCCAAUUCUAUACAACAACUGGAAACCUGGAAACCGCCCUGUUUCACUUUGCAAAUGAUAUUUACUUUGCCUGUGAGGAGUAUGGUUUAGACAGCUCUGCCACCACAAAGGGAUACUUUCUAAUCGCUGAUGUGUUUGCCAGACAGGGGAAGACGCUCAUUGUUCACUCCCUGUACUCUGAGGUGGCAGAAAGGUGGCACAAACAUCUAAGCAGUCUACUAGAGACCCACCAGAAACAUGCUGACUCAUCUGUUUCCUUUUACGAAAAGUCCCAGCGAGUUGAAAUGGAGGAAAUGCUGAGAGUCAUGUUGGAGUUCGAACAAAAACAGUCCAGAAGAGACUCAAUCACUAUUGCACUUAUUGCCCACAACCUCGCCAUGUUGUGGUUCGUCAACGGAGACCUUCACAAGGCUCAGGAUUUUGCCAGCACAGCCCUGCAGGCCAGCCUGCAGAUACCAAGACAUAAACUGACAGAACCCAUCCAGGAGCUGCUGCAGCAGGUGGAGAGUCUGCAGACCGAGCCACAACCUGGUUUUGCUUAGCCAACACUCCUGCCCUGCCUGUUUUAUUCUUCUCUAAGAUCUGCUCCGUCUGUGUUUAGCCUCACCAUUCGUUCACGUGUGGAUACAGAAAACAGACAAACAGCUAACAAAUAAAAUUAUUCAUGCAGUUAU